AUGGAGGGCCCUAGCCCCAUCAGAUGGGGAGCUUAUCGCGAAGGCGCCCGAUCCCAGUUGCGGCGAUUCCAUUCGCUCAAGCGCGAAGGCCCGGCUCUAAUACAAGCCUACCAAGAUGUCCUCGAUAAGGACGAAACAUUUACUCAGUUUUUCUCUGAUGACCGCCUUCAGAGCUAUGAGCUCGAGUCAAAAUUGAGAAAACUGCUCGGUAUUCGUCCUCCACUCGUGGACGAGCCCGAAAGCCCCAACAAUCAGAAUGAUGCAUCGCUCAGUUGGGCUACCAUCAUCCGAGAUGGCAAGUUCGAAGAGAGAGACGAUGGCUUCUUCCAGUGCCGCAUGCAAGGACGACUUAUCAAGAUCGAUGAGGCAAUGCACAGGACUAUCAUGGUUAAUCGGUGCUUGAACCCGCCAGACAAGGAUCCCUGGGUCAGCGCUGCCGACGUGAAGAAGGAAUAUGAGGUCAAUCUGUCGAUUGAGGCAGACGUCCUUGAUGAACUUCGUGUUCAGACGAAAUACGUCGAGCGACUUAAGCGACUGCACCAAUCGCUGAAGAAGCGUCGAUACAGGCUGCAAGGUGAUCAAGGCCCAGCAGCUUUAUCUUCCAAAAGAUCCCGCACGCCUCAUACCCUUCGAAGCAAAAAUUCCAGUCCGAUCGAUUCAAGCCUGAAAUUAUCUGUCGUAUCUCACACUGCUGGUGAUUCCCAGCCCGAGUCCCGUAUGUCUAUCUCAACUGAGCCACCCGGCGGUCUUAUGAAGCCUACUGCAUCGAUUGAGACUACGGAUGCACGUGGACACAGCGCAUCUCCAUCCUCAUCAGAUGUCUCGACUGGGGAGGAUAUACCAUUUUCACGCGACCAGAAUAGCCUAAAGAGGAAAAACCUAAGUUCAGACUAUGAGGAGACUCUUGACGAGGACUGGCCUACACAGCAUCAGACGCCAGUGCCACGCGAUACUUCCACCCCGUUGAUCUCCGCUUCCAAGCGCAACAAGUCCGCAGCUGCCGAGGAAGGCAAUAAAAUGAUUGAUAGUGUCGGUGCAGCAGCUAAGAGUCGCACGUCGGUUCCAUCCAACACGUCUACCCCGUUGGCUUCUGUUCCCAGGAGCAGUGAACAGUCCGCUCCCGAGAACAGCCAUACAAUAUUUGAUGGAGCAUCUGAGCGCAACGAUUUCCCUAUCAGAUGGCUUAGCGAAGCUCCUAGUGCAUUGUACUCCGAAGCUCCCAGUCCAUUGUAUCCAGACAAUGAUGAGAUGGAGAUUGACAAACAGACCCAGUCCCCGAAGCCAAUGGCUCCAACUCAACGCGCCAAGCAGCCCACGCCUAAGCAUGAAACACCGCGCAAGAGCAAGCGAGCCUUGAAUGGGGCCGCAAGCUCUUUACGCCAGGAAUAUGAGAACGCAGGCCAGCUGAUCGACCUCACCUCAAGCCCAGCAUCCAACCCAGCCUCAGUCCAGGAAGCCAUGCAACUCGGUUUAGAGAUGGCUGGAUGGCAGGGAGACUUCACGCCAGUUGAUCUGCGCCCCAAAGCAGCAUCUACGAAGACGAAGACCAAGUCGAGAGUCAAGGAGCAGAAGAAAGGCACCCGAGUCCGGAAUAACUUUACCCAGGAAGAGUGUGACCAUGCGCCAGCUUGGUUGAAGCCCAGAUUAGCGGCCGGCAUAUCCCCAGCUCAACUUGAGCAAGACUAUGAGGCAAGAUUCGGCGUUCUGCACCGCUACAACACUCUGAAGCAUUGGCUGGAACGACAGGAAGCAAAGUCUGGUACCAUCCUCAGCAAGAUUGUGGUAUUCAAAAUUUCGACCCUAUUCCUGGAAUCCUUCGAGUGA